CGCUCCACCAUGGCUCGUACGAAGCAGACCGCGCGCAAGUCGACCGGGGGCAAGGCGCCCCGGAAGCAGCUCGCGACGAAGGCGGCGAGGAAGUCCGCGCCGACGACCGGCGGCGUGAAGAAGCCGCACCGCUACCGCCCGGGCACGGUCGCGCUCCGCGAGAUCAGGAAGUACCAAAAGUCCACGGAGCUGCUCAUCCGCAAGCUCCCGUUCCAAAGGCUCGUCCGCGAGAUCGCCCAGGACUUCAAGACGGACCUUCGGUUCCAGUCCCACGCGAUUCUCGCGCUCCAGGAGGCGUCCGAGGCGUACCUCGUCGGCCUCUUCGAGGACACGAACCUGUGCGCGAUCCACGCCAAGCGCGUCACGAUCAUGCCGAAGGACAUUCAGCUCGCGAGGCGCAUCCGCGGCGAGCGCGCAUAAGAUGACGAAGAAGAAGUAACAGACGUUCGCCGAGCGUUUUGUUCGAGUCGUUGGAGCGUCGCCGCCGAGGAGAUGAAAAAAAAGAAAACGUCCUCGGCGGCGCGACGGGCUCGUUGUACGUAAACCCUGCACUCACUCGCGCGAAUAGCGCCGCUCGCGCGUCGUCGUCGUCGCGACGGCGACGUGCGCUGUAAAGAAAAAAUUAAAAUACGCAGAAA